GCGGCGGCGGCGGCGGCGACGCGGGACUCCGGGGGAGGCGCGCGCCGAACGGGCCUGACGCACCGCGGCGCUCGAGGCCCGGCUCCGCAGCGGGAGGGGCGGCCGCGGCUCCCCGCGCCUCGCGAAGGGCAGCGGGCCCCGAGCCGCCGCCGCCGCCGCCGCUGCCGCCCGAUGGCGCGCUUGCGGGGCUGCUUGCCCCGCCUGAUGGUCGCGAUCCGCUCCCUGCUCUUCUGGUGCCUGGUCUACAGCUACUGCGGGCUCUGCGCCUCCGUCUACCUGCUCAAACUUUUGUGGAGCAUCGGCAAGGGACCCGCGCAGACCUUCCGCCGGGCCGCCCGGGAGCAGCCCCCCGCCUGCCUGAACGACCCCUCGCUGGGCACCCACUGCUACGUGCGGAUCAAGGACUCGGGGUUAAGAUUUCACUAUGUUGCUGCUGGGGAAAGAGGCAAGCCCCUUAUGUUGCUGCUACAUGGAUUCCCAGAAUUCUGGUACUCUUGGCGUCACCAACUAAGGGAAUUUAAAAGUGAAUAUCGAGUUGUAGCACUGGAUUUAAGAGGCUAUGGAGAAACAGAUGCUCCUACAAAUCGAGAGAAUUAUAAAUUGGACUGUUUAAUAACAGACAUAAAGGAUAUUUUAGACUCUUUAGGGUAUAGCAAAUGUGUUCUAAUUGGCCAUGACUGGGGAGGCAUGAUUGCUUGGCUGAUUGCCAUCUGUUACCCAGAAAUGGUAAUGAAGCUUAUUGUUAUUAACUUCCCUCAUCCAAAUGUAUUUACAGAAUAUAUUUUACGACACCCUGCCCAGCUUUUCAAAUCCAGCUAUUAUUACUUCUUCCAAAUACCAUGGUUCCCAGAGUUUAUGUUCUCAAUAAAUGAUUUUAAGGCUUUGAAGCAUCUGUUUACUAGUCAUAGCACUGGUAUCGGAAGAAAAGGAUGUCGAUUAACCACAGAAGAUCUUGAAGCUUAUAUUUAUGUCUUUUCUCAGCCUGGAGCAUUAAGUGGCCCAAUUAACCAUUACCGAAAUAUCUUCAGCUGCCUGCCGCUCAAGCAUCAUGUGGUGACCACUCCAACCCUUCUCCUCUGGGGAGAGAAAGAUGCAUUUAUGGAAGUUGAAAUGGCUGAAGUCACAAAGAUUUUUGUUAAGAACUAUUUCAGGCUAACCAUUUUGUCAGAAACUAGUCAUUGGCUUCAACAAGAGCAACCCGACAUAGUGAACAAAUUGAUAUGGACAUUUUUAAAAGAAGAAACAAGAAAAAGAAAUUGACUUUUCUGUAUCAUUCAUGAGGGGUCUGUAAUGAAAUAUCUAAACAAUUUUAUUGUAAAAUUUAAGAAUUAUUAGGAAAACUAUUUUAAUAAUGUGCUUUAUCAUAAAUACCUUGAGAAAUAGUGUUAAAAAAAGAUAAGAAUUUGUGAACAUGUAACAAUACUGAUUUUUUUUUUUGGUUGUAUUUUGCACAGAAAAGCAUCUGCCUUAAAAAGUAUCUACUUCUACAAGAUGAAAGUUGGGGAAAAUGGCCCAAUUUUGGUUUCUUUAUUUCUUUAUCCUGUUAACAUAAGGUGCCUUUUACAAAUUUAUAUUAAAGAUUAGCUGUGCCAUAUUAAAAGGCAACCAUGCAAUGGUACAAAUUUUGAUUUUUAUUGUUCAAAAGUUCUUUUUACUUUUUUUAAACCAUUAAAAUUAUAUUAUCAAAUUUCUUGGGUUUAUAAUAUAUUUAUUAGCUGGAAGGAAAUAUGACUAGAUUAAUAAACAUUUUUAAGUGGGCCACAAAUGCUACUUGUAUUAGAAAGAUUAAUAUGAGAUGAUGUAAAAUUCUCAUAUGUACAUAUGUAUUGUUAAACAUCGCAAAGUAGGGAAAAACCUCCAUUGACUAUUUGCCUUAUUCCUCUAACUAAAUUGGUGAGAGCACUUGUAAAUAUGUAAGACUAUGGUUCAGAUCCUGGCACCACAAACUAACUUAAAAAAAAAACUAACUAACAUAUAAAUAAUCUCUAGGUUAAUUUUGGAACCAAGAGAUUGCUUAGUGAGAUGGAGCAUUUUCUUUGCAUGCAGAAGUCCCUAAUUUCAUCUCCUACAUUGUCAGGAGGGACCUCCAUGGACCCAGCUUGGAGGUAAGCAUCCCUGGGUAUGGUCUGUAAACCACACAAAUAAAUUGGUGGGGCUGGAGCAAUGGAACAGUGUAUAGGGAGUUUUCCUGGC